AUGAUCCACGCACACAACAUGACGCUUAAGAUCCGCGAUCCGGAUCCGGGCGGCCACGGCCCGCCCUUCCUGGAGCUCAUGAACAAAAUCAAUGUCAGCACCGUACCCGAUCCGCAGCGGCCGCCCGGCGGCUACAAGAUCACCACCACGCACUCCAUGAUCGGCGAGGUGGAGAACUACCGCACGCACUGGUGGGAGUGCGAGCGCUGCCGCAAGGUCAUCAAGCGCUCCAUGAACCGCCCGCCGCAGGAGGCGGACUGCAUAGGGCGCACCGGCAGCCGCGGGCCCAGCUGCCGCGACCCCAACUGCGGCUACCACACCCACAUCCGCCAGUGCGGCGGCGCAUUCAUCAAGGUGCGCGAGCCCGACCCCAAGAAGCCCACACGCAAGAAGUCACCCGCUAGGAAGCCCGGCAGCAGGCCAGCGCUGGCACCCGGGCAGCAACGCAUCGACAGCGUCGCAGCAGGCGCAGCGGGGGCUGCAGCAGCGGUUGCAGGGGCGGGUGCAGGGGCUACAGCGGGGCCUUCCGGCCGCGGCGCCAAGCGACCCGCGAGUGCACUGGCGGAAAAUAGGCAGGGGAAGCCGGCGCCUGGUGCCGGCGCCAGCGUGCCGAGCGGUGGACCGAGUGGGAGUCGAACUUCGGGGGCUUCUGGGUCGCAGCAGCCGACACGCUCGCAGCAGCCGACACAGCCGCGGCCGCACCACCACCCGCAGCAGCAACCGCUGGAGCGGCUGUGGGGGCAGGUCCGCGGAACCGCAGGCGGGUCAGGCGGGUCAGGAGGCGGGACGGACGCCGCGGGUGGCGGUAGCGGGGCGGCAGGGGCUCCCGGGAGUCCGGGGCGGCCGGGGAGCCAGCAGGCCGGCGGGUCGCGCCGCGAUCCCAACUUCCUGCCGCCCUCCGUUGGCAGCUUCCCGAGCCCCAAGACCCACAAACCAG